GGGGUGUUUCCCCUUCUUUUCCUUGUGGGCUUUUCGGGGCAGCUCUGGCAGCGUGACCUCACGCUGUGGGGCGCUGCGGAGCGCGUUAGCCGAGUCGGGGGUCCGGGGAAGGGGGUUCGGGGAGCUUCUUCCUCGCCCUCAUCGCGCGCUGGCUCCGGCAGGGCUCGGCUUGGGCUGCUGGGGCCCCGGGGAGCUGAGGCGGGCCUGCUCCGUCCGAUGGCAUGGCUGGCUGCAGCUCCGGGCCCGAGGUGGCCCCGCUAACCCGCCCCCCUCGCUUGCUGCGGUGACAGGCUCCCGCGGGGGUGCGCCGCGCAGGAUGGCCUGGAAUUUGCUACAGUCCGACUGACUCUGCCUGAUCACAGUGACCAUGAAAGAUACCAGGCUGACGGCACUGGAAACUGAUGUACCAUCUGUCCCCAGAACAGUCUGGUAGUGGCCCUAAUGAAGAGCUGUGCAAACCUUUAGCACACGUCCUGGAGCCCACACAGCAGAGUUGAGUGAGAGAAUGGCCCAGUUAGCCAACAUUGGGGAGCUGCUCUCCAUGCUGGACUCCUCCACACUGGGUGUGCGGGAUGACGUGACAGCCAUCUUCAAGGAGUCCCUCAAUUCUGAACGUGGGCCUAUGCUUGUCAACACGUUGGUUGAUUAUUACCUGGAAACCAAUUCUCAGCCGGUAUUGCACAUCCUGACCACCUUGCAGGAGCCACACGAUAAGCACCUCUUGGACAAAAUUAAUGAGUAUGUAGGCAAAGCUGCUACCCGUUUAUCCAUCCUCUCGCUGCUGGGGCAUGUUGUGAGACUGCAGCCAUCUUGGAAGCAUAAGCUCUCUCAAGCACCUCUUCUGCCUUCUUUAUUGAAAUGUCUCAAGAUGGACACUGAUGUUGUGGUCCUCACAACUGGUGUCUUGGUGUUGAUCACCAUGCUCCCGAUGAUCCCGCAGUCAGGGAAGCAGCACCUUCUCGACUUCUUUGACAUCUUUGGCCGUCUCUCGUCAUGGUGCCUGAAGAAACCAGGCCAUGUGACAGAAGUGUACCUGGUCCAUCUUCAUGCCAGUGUUUAUGCCCUCUUUCACCGCCUUUAUGGGAUGUACCCAUGUAACUUCGUCUCCUUCCUGCGCUCUCACUACAGUAUGAAGGAAAACGUGGAGACUUUUGAAGAAGUGGUCAAGCCAAUGAUGGAGCAUGUGCGAAUUCACCCGGAAUUAGUGACUGGAUCCAAGGACCAUGAACUGGACCCUCGAAGGUGGAAGACAUUAGAAACUCAUGAUGUUGUAAUAGAGUGUGCCAAAAUCUCUCUGGACCCUACAGAAGCCUCGUAUGAAGAUGGCUAUUCUGUGUCACACCAGCUCUCUGCUUGCUUCCCUUACCGUUCAGCUGAUGUCACCACCAGCCCUUAUGUGGACACACAGAAUAGCUAUGGGGGUUCUACUUCCACCCCUUCCUCCAGCUCUCGGCUGAUGUUGUUCAGUCCACCUGGGCAGCUACCUCAGAGUUUGAGUUCCCCAUCAACACGGCUGUUACCUGAGCCGCUGCAAGUACGGUGCCACUCAGCAUGCCUUCACCUCCUCUACCUUCCGGCUAGUCUCUGGAGCCCAUCUGCGGUCUGUGGUAUGACCACUCCUCCUACGUCUCCUGGAAAUGUCCCAGCUGAUUUGUCACAUCCGUAUAGUAAAGCCUUUGGUACCACUGGUGGAAAAGGAACUCCUUCAGGAACCCCAGCGACCUCUCCUCCUCCAGCCCCACCUUGUCCCCAAGAUGACUGUGUGCAUGGUUCAGCAGCCCAGGCCUCAGCCACAGCCCCCAGGAAGGAAGAAAGAGCAGAUUCCUCAAGGCCUUACCUUCACAGACAGUCAAACGACCGAGGAUUAGAGGAUCCACCUGGAAGCAAAGGUUCCGUUACUCUGAGGAAUCUACCUGAUUUCCUAGGUGAUCUGGCUUCUGAGGAAGACAGUAUCGAGAAAGAUAAGGAAGAAGCUGCAAUAUCUAAAGAGCUUUCUGAGAUCACUACUGCAGAGGCGGAUCCUGUAGUUCCUCGAGGGGGCUUUGACUCUCCCUUCUACCGAGACAGUCUCUCUGGCUCUCAGCGGAAGACUCAUUCGGCAGCCUCUGGGACUCAGGGCUCCAGCGUGAACCCUGAGCCUUUGCACUCCUCCCUGGACAAACAUGGGCCUGACACACCAAAGCAAGCCUUUACUCCCAUAGACCCACCCUCUGGCAGUGCUGAUGUCAGUCCCGCUGGGGACAGGGAUCGCCAGACUUCUCUGGAGACCAGUAUCCUCACUCCCAGCCCUUGCAAAAUCCCACCUCAGAGGGGAGUGAGCUUUGGAAGUGGGCAGCUUCCCCCAUAUGAUCAUCUCUUUGAGGUGGCCUUGCCAAAGACUGCCUGUCACUUUGUCAGCAAGAAGACUGAGGAGCUGUUGAAGAAAGUGAAAGGAAACCCUGAGGAAGACUGUGUGCCCUCUACCUCCCCAAUGGAAGUACUGGACAGACUGAUAGAGCAGGGAGCAGGUGCGCACAGCAAGGAGCUGAGCAGGUUGUCCCUGCCCAGCAAGUCUGUUGACUGGACCCACUUUGGAGGCUCUCCUCCCUCAGAUGAGCUCCGGACCCUCCGAGACCAGUUGCUUUUACUGCACAAUCAGCUGCUGUACGAGCGCUUCAAGCGGCAGCAGCAUGCACUCAGGAACAGAAGGCUCCUGCGCAAGGUGAUCCGAGCAGCGGCUCUGGAGGAACACAAUGCAGCAAUGAAAGAUCAGUUGAAGUUACAAGAGAAGGACAUACAGAUGUGGAAGGUGAGUCUGCAGAAAGAACAAGCCCGAUACAGUCAGCUUCAGGAACAACGUGACACCAUGGUGACCCAACUGCAUAGCCAGAUCAGACAGCUACAGCAUGACCGAGAAGAAUUCUACAACCAGAGUCAGGAGUUACAGACAAAGCUGGAGGACUGCAGAAACAUGAUUGCGGAGCUUCGGGUGGAGCUGAAGAAGGCUAACAACAAGGUGUGCCACACUGAGCUGCUGCUCAGCCAGGUCUCUCAGAAGCUCUCCAACAGUGAGUCAGUGCAGCAGCAGAUGGAGUUCUUGAAUAGGCAGCUCCUGGUGCUCGGGGAGGUCAAUGAGCUGUACCUGGAGCAGCUGCAGAGCAAGCAUCCUGACACCACCAAGGAAGUAGAAAUGAUGAAAACUGCAUAUCGGAAAGAGCUAGAGAAAAACAGAAGCCACCUUCUCCAGCAGAACCAAAGGUUGGACGCCUCACAGAGGCGAGUUUUGGAACUGGAGUCUCUUCUGGCCAAGAAAGACCACCUUCUCCUAGAACAGAAGAAAUAUCUUGAGGAUGUCAAGAGCCAGGCGAGUGGACAGCUGCUGGCUGCAGAGAGCAGGUAUGAGGCUCAGAGAAAGAUCACCCGGGUGUUGGAACUGGAGAUCCUAGACUUGUAUGGCAGGUUGGAAAAAGAUGGCCGCCUACGGAAACUAGAAGAGGACAGAGCAGAGGCAGCAGAGGCAGCAGAAGAGAGGCUUGACUGUUGUAGUGAUGGAUGCACAGAUUCCUUGGUAGGACAUAAUGAAGAGGCUUCUGGUCACAAUGGUGAGACCAGGACCUCCAGACCUGGUGGCACCCGGGCCAGCUGUGGAGGUAGAGUCACUGGAGGCAGCAGCAGCAGCAGCAGUGAGCUUUCCACUCCAGAGAAACCCCCGAGCCAGAGGUUCAGCAGCCGGUGGGAACCUGCCCUGGGCGAGCCCUCCAGCAGCAUCCCCACCACUGUUGGCUCACUUCCCAGUUCCAAAAGCUUCCUGGGCAUGAAGGCCCGGGAGCUGUUCCGUAAUAAGAGCGAGAGCCAGUGUGAUGAGGACAGCGUGACCAUGAGUAGCAGCAGCCUUUCUGAGACCCUGAAGACAGAACUGGGCAAGGACUCGGGCACAGAAAACAAGACUUCCCUGAGUCUAGAUGCCCCACACCCAUCUUCCCCAAACUCAGACAAUGUGGGGCAGCUCCACAUCAUGGACUACAAUGAGACUCAUCCUGAACACAGCUGAAGAGGGUCUGUCAGUGUUCAUUUGCGUCUUUGUCGGCACAGAACAGAAGGUGUGAAUGCACGGUCUAGGCUUCUGUUUCCAGGGUCUGAGCAGCUGCUUGUGCGGUGGGAAUGGGACAGAGGUCCUUCUGACAGAGGGCAGAGAGUGGGAUGGUGGCUUUUGGGUCUGGCAUUGAGACGCUUCCUUCACCUCCCCUAGCCUUUCAUUUACCCAGCAGUGUGUACUGAUUGAGGGUCUGUGCUUCACUCUCUCCUCCCACCAAAUGGUUAUGUCAUUUGAACCUGUGCAAUAUGAGGCCAAAUUUCAUCUUUGGGUCCAAUAUGCCACUCUGCUUUCCUGAGGUUCAGACAACUGGGUGGCUCUUGGGUAGACCAGGCAACUAGUGGCACUGCAGGUAAGUCCAGUUUGUCCCUUGCAGGAGGAUAGAGCCUACAGAGCUGUCUUUACAGGAGCGUUCCCACUGCUUUUGGUUCUGAAGUUCAGCAUCUAAGCCACAGAUCUAGAGAAACUGGCUCACUCACCUCUGCCUUUUCUUGGCAGCUCUGAUAUGAUUCCUAGAAGGUUCUGUGAGAAUACCAGCUGCUUUGACAGUGCAGUUGCCACUGUGGAGGCCACACUGCCUUAACUCUCUGGAAAGCUCUUACCCCUCUGCCCCACUACCUCUUAUUUAUUUGGUAUUUGCUUGAAUGCUGGCACCAUGCUGCCUGUGGGUGGGUGUACAGGUGUUCGUUCUGCAAUCUGCAGACAGUGGGGAGUGGUCACUAGGAGAGGCACCUACGAUGCCCGUGCUUAUGUGGAUGUGUGCCUCUGGCUGGUCAUGGUUCCACCCUUCAGCCUGUUUGCCUCCCCUUGGUCCCCUCGGGUCCAGCUGCCUUGUGAUGCUGCAGCAGACAGGCUCGGGAAGUCAGGGCCUCCUAGGAGCUUAUGUGAUGAUCACUCUCGGCUGAGGGGUUGCCUCACCUUACUAGGUUCUCACAGCUUUUACACCAACUCCAACUUCAGGAAAGACCCUCCCUGGAGCUUCAUAUCAAACAUUUCUGUUAGGAACAGCAGAGUAACUCAGAGUCUGAUAAAGGCUGGUGGCCUAUACCACUGCCUGGCCUCAUGCUCACAAGAGGUGACAUUGGUCACUGCCAGAACACAGUGGUGGCAGAAUCCAAACUCAACCAAUGCUCCUGAAAUAAAUGCUCGAAGUGAAAGAAUUGUUGCCUGAUAUUCUGGCCCAGGCAAGGAGAGACUAGGAAGGAGCCAUGAGCUUGGAUUGCUUGUUUCUAUUCUGUAAGAAGAGGGUUUAGCUACAACAAAGCUAAAAACAACAACAAAAUGGUACGAAUCUUACUGAAUAGGAAAGUUUACAGCCUGAGGAUGAAAGUCUGAAGUGUGGCAGUAAAUAUCCUAGCAUCCCUAAGUAAGGCAAGACUUAACGCCCACAGGAAGGCGUGCCACUAACCCCUCAGACCAGCAGAGGGCAGCCACUGCCCCUGAACACUUGGAGUGUGGGUGACAGUGAUGGCAUGCUUUUUCAUGUAGUUCUGCCCAAAGCAAAGCUUAAGACCCAGGAUUCUCUCACCCAAGCCAUUGGAGAAGUGGGCAGAUUGACAGAUCUCACAGGUAGUCACAGUUUCCAAGAGUUACCACCUCCACCACCAAGGUCUGUCAGAGAACAGAGCAUUUAGGAAGAAAACUUAGACUGUACAGGUGAUGAAAGUUUCUGGAGAGGAGCAUGGUAAGGUAAGCUAACAUGCAGGCUGCCAUCUCCACAGACUUCACCUGGGCCUUCUGCACUUUCCUCCAACCUCUUCCCAUACCCAGCGACAGAGCCUGAGCAUCCUAUGUGGCUUGAGUUCUAGAAGGCUGUUAAGACUUUCCCACCUAAGGUUGGAGGACUGUGCCCCUGAGACAUCUUUAAGGCACUUAACCUAAACAUUGACUCCUUUCAAAGGACUUCAGGGUCAGUGGGUGGUUGGGUGGAGGCUUCUGUUUUAGAGAGCAGUGACAGUUGACCUAGGAGUCAGUAGGUCACCUGGUCUAGUUGUGCGCACCAGGAAGCUUCUGAGGAGCAGCUGGAGUCCUGGGCCAAGGAGUAGAAACCCUGGUGGGUUUCAUGGUGGCAUAGUGUGGGGAGGGGGUGGGGGGUUGAAUGGCCUUCAUCCUGUCAUCACUCGGACUGUGUGCUGUGCUUGCUAACGGGCUCCAAGGAAACUGGAGGCUGUGUCUCAUGCAGUCCAGAAUCUGUUAGAAGCAGCCCUACCAUGUCACUGCAGUGUAGGAGAUGGGUGCCCAGGAGAAGAGCUAAGUGCAUAUUUCUAUGUAAUAUCCCUGCCUGCAAGCUAAGACUGUGCUUUAGGAGCCAGGGCAACAUGGCAGGGAGCAUGAGGAGACAGGCUCUAAGUGGCAUCUCCAGGCACCAGCAGUGAGUGCUGACCUCUUUCGGGGGAAAAAAGGCUUAAUCUUCUGGACUAAGCUGCAGAAGGUUCCAACUGUGUGACAUGAUUAGCAGGGAGUCACUCUUCUUAGAAGGCAAGCUGUCACAACCCAGGAAAAGUCUGGUAGCCACUGGUGGUUUAAAAAGCAGACAAAAGUCUCUCUGCCCCAUGCUGCUGUAGCCAGUGACCAAGCACCUCCCAGGUUGGUGGUGGCACCAUAGGUGACAAGCGAUAGACUCAGGAUCACUUGCAGAGUCUGUGGGCUCUAGUGCUCAAAGGAGAAUGAGAAAAUGUUAGUAGUCAAGGAUAAAAGGAGCUGUGAGCUGACCACAGAGCUCAGGCUGGCAGGAAGCUUAGAAAGCAAGGGGUGACGACUAAGUGAGUGUGCCCAGCCAGCCAGGGGGCGGGGAGGGGGGGGACGGCGGAGGGAAGACCAUACACCUGAGGUCAGAACUAAGUAGCAAAGGCAUGCCACAUGGUAAGGUGGGAGACACAGGACACCCUGGUAGAGGUGUGGGCAUUGCACAGGCUCAGUUUGCACUGCAGCAUGUGGUCUGCCUCAGCCAGAGGCCAGUGGCCCUGCAGCCGAGGACUGAGUCCGCUGCACCUUCGCCCCAGGGCCAUGCUUUAAACCCACUGCCAUGUGCACUGGAAACACAGCCAGUGUGAGGAUGUUUGUGUCCACCCAGAGGCGCCUCAUUGCCCUGGGUUUAGCCUGUAGGAGGGUGGGGGGACAUCACUGGGCUGCUGCUUCCACCCUUGUUAUUCAGCUUCCUGGUUUGUGAGCCCCUGGUGUGUUCAGGGGAGCAGUGCUUCUGUCUCUGGUAUCACCCUGAGUUUUUAAAUGCUGUAUAGAAGAGCAGCAGUAGCUACAACAAACUGCAUCCUAACCACUUUUGGUGUCAGAAUGAAAUUAAUGGGGGCAGAGAGGUGUCCUUCCCUUCCCGGAGCCCCAGUAUUAUCCACCCCUGGAUAAGUAGGCAGCCUGAGCCACUGGAGGAUGGUCUUUCAUAAGACCCCUGGGGAUCAAGGGCUCCAGACUGACGCCUCCUCCUGCCUCUGCUCACACAGUGUCGGAAGGGAGAGGAGGACUUGAUGCUGUUGACUCCCUGGCAAACCAGAGGCAGGCAGGCAGGCGUUUUUUUGCACUAGGAAGAUUCAAUGGUCACCCUUCAUGAGACUGGACCACAAACAUGAUGCAGAGGAGCAGGUUUUGCUAAGACAUAGUUUAGUUUUAUAAUCAAUCAUGGAUGAAGCAGAUAUGGCUAACUUGGGAGUUUAAGGGGGGGUGUGAUAUUCCCAUCAGUGAAAACGAAUCAGAUUUUAAAAAAAAAAAAA